AGAGGGCUGUAGUCCAAACCCGCCGUUCGCUGUAUGCUUUGAAAGGAGACUUCUGUUAAGAAAAUAUAUCGUCUGGCAGUGAACUUUGAGCUUUAUCAUUUUGCAGGAUUGUACAGACAAACAGAAACAAAGGAUACAAAUGAAAGGCAGAGGUGACCCACGCACACAUAGAGAGGGAUUUGUCCAUCUGAUCCCGAGGGUUGCUAUUAGUUUGUAAUGAGGAUGAGAGAGGAGAGCAGCUCCAGGGUGAGCCGCAGUGGAAAACCAUCACCAGUGGAUGAUGUCAGAGGAAUCGCGACCACCGAUUGGAGUGGAGAUUCCCGGCGAGUGCCUAUAAAACGGGGAAAGACAACAGCAGGAUCUAGCAAAGGCAGAGAACGUGAGAAAUUCCAGGAACUGCAGAGUGUCCAUCUGUCCGUCCCGUGUGACUGAAACUAAAUCAGAUUAAGGAUGUUGGGCUGUGGAUGUGUGCUGCUCUCAGGUCUGUUAACACUGACCUUGUUCCACUGCAGUACUGAAAGUCUUCAUAUACCCCAGGAAAGACCAGAGUAUGUGGGAACAUCUGGUGUGGAAGAGCGUCGUGUCCAGCGAGGUCAACCUGAGCAGAAGACCCCAGGAACCGUAAACGCAAAACUGCUCCUGUUCGACCAGCUGGUCCGGCUGGAAAACGAUGUGAUUGAGACCAAGAGAAAACGCAGUUUUCCCGGAUCCAACACACCACUCGACCGGCUGUCCAUCAGCACCAUGGAUCCCAAGAGCAACAAGCAGAGGAAGGUUGAGUUGCCACGACGACGAGUUAGCGUUCCAAUCGACCGGAUCGGAGUCGGACGUCUUCCCAGCAGCCGAGGAUAGACUCCGCCUCUGACCACGCCCUUACAAACAGGUCGAUGGGGGAUGUCGCAGGUAGAAGAUAUGCAUGAUAAAGCACACCAGCUAUCACAAAUCACUAACCAUUGAACACAGGCUGCCGCAAAAUUAUCUUACUCGGUGAUUACUUUAACUUUCAACCCUUUGACCACACGAUGUCUGUUUUUACUCCUAAUCAUUUAAUUUUUCCAUUUAAACUUUAUUUAUCCAUUGAAGUGAUGUGUCCGUUCUACGUCCUUUAUGAUGUAAUCAGAGCCAUUUGCCAACCAGAGCAGAAUCUGCUUAUAGCUUUUAUUGCACAUGUCUUUAUUUACUCUAAUGCCCGGCUCUCGCUUUGCUGUAAUGUACUGUAUUGUUGUUUUCUGACUUUG